CUCAGGAAACAUCCUCAAAAAACUGCGAGAUCUAAUCAUUCACAUUCUUCCCUUAAACCAACGAUAUUAAGGGAUGCCCUUCUUUCUAUAAAACCCCAUCAACCACAGGUGGAAUGAAAACCAUCGCCUUUUUCCAACAAAGGGAGGAAUUUCCUGUACUAUUGUGCUGGCCCGAUUACAGCAGGUGCCAAUGCAGCCAAGACGUAUCGAUUAAACUCUCGGCGCUCACUGAACGCGUUGAAAGCCAUUUGGACUCCAUCUUAAAGACAUCCAAUUGACUGGAAGAAUCCUAUCCGUCAUCUCUUCUCUCCUUCUGUUCGCUUGAUUUUUGAUUCCAGUCAGCGGUGAGUGACCGGUGAGGUAGUGCCCGAAAAUCUCCGGAUGGAUUUCGAAAAAAAGAAAGUUCCGACUGUAGGCUACAACUGACUACGGUAAUUGCAAGGAGGUGGAUAAUUAAUGGGGCAUACGCCGGGCAACGCACCGACCUAAUGAAGCCAGCUACUCACGGUUCUCCUAAUUGAAGAUGUUGCUCCUUAUAUCUGUGUGCCGGCGCUUCUAGACAACGGGACUUGGUUUCCGAGCAACGGGAGUGCAGAAAUCUUAUUAAGUGAAAUCUGUAUCACUUUUCAGGCUGGGUUAGCUAUUUCACAGAAGAUUUGAUAAAAAUCGAUGUGCGCAGAAUACCAGUGAUAUACAAUGGCUACUACUGAAGUAGGUCCGACGCUGGUAACCUACAUCUAUGAAUUUAUCAAUGAAACGAUUGAUGUCCUGAAUGGUACGACGGCCAACCCGACUUUUGGACCAGAAGGGACGUGGCCGCCCCUCCCAGCUCACCGCUUGGAGGAUUACGUGAUUCGUCUGGUUCUCUACGUCAUCAUAUUCGUAGUCUCCACCAUAGGCAAUGUCGCAGUGCUGGUUAGUCUCCUCCACGGGCGGCGCAGGAAGUCCCGCGUCAACCUGUUGAUUGUGCACCUGACGGUGGCGGACCUAAUCAUAACUUUCUUUAACAUCCCCAUGGAUUUUAUCUGGAUCCUGACCACACGGUGGUACGGUGGGGACUUUCUAUGCCGGCUGUGCAUGUAUGUGGCCAUGAUAGGGCUCUAUGCCUCACCAUUUAUCCUGAUCGUCAUCAGCUUGGACCGUUUUGCCUCUAUUGUUUUCCCACUGAGCGUCCGGCAGGCAGACAUGCGCUGUAAGAUCAUGCUGCGGGUCGCUUGGGUGGCAUGUUUCGUUGCCAGUGGUCCUCAGGUGCUGGUUCACGAGGUGAUGUCCCAUCCAUAUUACCCCGAGUAUACACAGUGUGUAGAUUACGGUUUCAGCGCACACCAUCCCGUCGUCUGGAACGUUUAUCAUUGGUUUGUCGUCUGUGCCACGUACUUCUUUCCACUGGCACUUAUCGUGGGAUGCUACACGGCCAUUGUGAUCAAGAUAUUCGGCAACAGCACCAUCCGCAGCUAUUCCGGUAACAACGGCAACAGAAUGACGCUGCGGCGCUCGGGGGCCGACACUCUACCCAAAGCCCGCGCGAGGGCGCUCAUGAUGACCGGUACCAUAGUAACGGCCUUCAUCGUCUGCUGGACGCCAUCUUGCAUAGAGGGCGCUACCAUCCACGUCAACCCCAAACUGGCCGAGAACGAGCCACCUUGGCUCAAGCAACUCUUGCUUGCCCUCAUGUACUCCAACGUCUGUGUCGACCCCAUAGUCUACGGCAUGUUCACGGUGGACUUCAGGCGGUACUUCCCCAACUGCUUCGAUUGCUGGGGUCGAAGAACGGUCUGGCGGGGGCGGAAGAUCAGCCGACGGUCCACGACCUCGUCCAACAACUAUCCGCAAAUGACGUACGCCUCGUCAACCCGGCUGGGCGCCACCACUGGGGUGACUGCCAAUUACCACGUGAUAGAAUCGGACAAUAGAUUAGUCGCUGAGAAAUGUGUCUAGUGUAACUUUAAAAAAAAGUUGUAAAAAUCAGUAUGAUACUAUCGCACACUUUGUCAGUACAUGUAGGCCUAGUUGCAUGACCUUUGCACUGACAAGACAGGACGAGCACGUGAAAUUCUUUCGCGACACCAUAGUAUUUUUCGCAAUUGUCAGGUACUUUGUGAUGACGUAAAAUAACUAUUGGCUAUUUUGUGAUCAAAGUGUGAUAGUGAAAACACAGCGAUAUCGUUAAAAACAAACCACGACUGUGCAUGCUCUUCUUGAUCACCAUAGCAACCAAUGUUCUAAGACAUGAUGACUCCACUCUUUCCAAGGAGUACAGUGAGCCUCUCUUUUCAAUAGGCGGAAUUAUAGGUGACCAUAAGCAGAAACACGUUUACAAUUGUACUAGUGUUGUAUACACAUUUUGCGGGGGGGGG